UAAUUUCAGCCUUGGGUGUGCCUGGUCAAGCUCCAAGGCAGCGGGCACGGAAUCGUCUCGGAUGCUGCCGGAUUCCACAAGCAGGGAAAGGAAAAGUGCCAAGGCUUUCCUGGAAAACCAGCCACUUCUUUAAAGGGGGACUUUGGAAAGAAUCACGAGGAUCCCCAGUGGAAUUGGCCUCCUUCAGCCCAGCACCACCCAGCUGACAUCGGCCGAGCCUCAGGCUGUGGCCCAACUUCUGGUGGGACUGGCGCAAGCGGGCACUUUGGAGCCCUGACCGUAUAUAUUCUGCCUGGUUGGCCUCAGCCUUGGCAGCCCCAGCUGGACUCGCAGCAGCCAUGGAGAUCCCGGCCGUCACUCGGACGGACUUGGGGGGCCCCUUCAGCAUCCUGCUGGCCAUGGCCGCCUCGUGCCUCCUCUUCCGCCACUUCGCAGCCAAGAAGAGGUUCGCCGGCCUCCCACCGGGCCCUCCCCCUCUCCCCUUCUUCGGCAACAUGCUCCAGGUGGACGUGAAGGAGCUGAUCCCUUCCCUCAGGGAACUCAGCAAGACCUAUGGGCCCAUGUACACCUUCCACCUGGGCUCCCGCCUGCGUGUCCUUUCGGGCUACCAGGUGCUGAAGGAGGCCCUGAUCGACAAAGCCGAGGAGUUCAGUGGCCGGGGGGACUUUCCUGCGGUCCAGAUGUGGAGCAAAGGAAACGGCAUCGUGUACGGGACAGGGGAGCGCUGGAGGCAGCUGCGCAGGUUUGCCAGGACCCUGAAGAAUUUCGGGAUGGGGAAGCGGUCCAUGGAGCAGCGGAUCAAGGAGGAGGCCCAGUUCCUGGUGUCCGAGUUCCGCAAAACCCAAGGGCGGCCCUUUGACCCAACCUUCUUCCUAAGCUGCGCCGGCUCCAACAUCAUCUGCUCGCUGGUCUUUGGAGAACGGUUCGAAUACACGGACGAGGCCUUCCUCACCUUGCUUGACUUGAUCAACAGCAACUGGAAGCUCAUGAGCUCCACCUGGGGACAGCUGCUCUUCGUCUUCCCAAACGUCAUGCGGUGUCUCCCAGGGCCCCACCAGAGAAUCUACGCCAAUUACCUGAAGCUGGCAAAGUUUGUGGGCAAACGGCUGGAGAGGAACAGGCAGACCCUGGACCCCAACUGCCCCAGGGAUUUCAUCGACUGCUUCCUCAUCAAAAUCCAGCAGGAAAAGGGCAACGCCAGUUCUCACUUCACCGAGGAGACGAUGUCCAAGACCACCGUCAACCUCUUCUUCGCCGGCACCGAGACGGUCAGCUCCACCCUGCGCUAUGGGCUGCUCAUCCUCCUGAGGCACCCUGAGGUGGAAGAGAAGCUGCAUGAAGAGAUCGACCAAGUCAUUGGGGGCAACCGUGCCCCCUGCAUGGACGACCGGAGUCAGAUGCCCUACACGGACGCGGUCAUCCACGAGAUCCAGCGCUACGCCGACAUCGUCCCUAUGGGGGUGCCCCACACAGUCACAAGGGACAUCGAAUUCCGGGGAUACAGACUCCCCAAGGGCCUCAACGUCAUCCCCUUGCUCUGCACCUCCCAGUUUGACCCCACGCAGUUCAAGAACCCCCAGGCCUUCGACCCGACCCACUUCCUGGACGAGAGCGGGGGGUUCAGGAGGAGGGAGGCCUUCAUGGCUUUCUCAGCAGGCAAGCGGGUGUGCCUGGGCGAAGGCCUGGCCAACAUGGAGCUCUUCCUCUUCCUCACCACCAUCUUGCAGAACUUCCGGCUGAAAGCGCUGACGGACCCGGCAGCCAUCGACAUCUCCCCCGAGUCCACCGGCCUGGGCAAUCCCCGGCCCUACCAGCUCUGCCUCCUCCCCCAAUGAAGGGCUGCCUCCCCUGGGGGGCCCAGCUGCUGUGGGCUGCUCACCUCCCAGAUGCCCCAGUUGCCCAACUGGCAGAGGGAGAAGCCG